AUUCCAUAAAUGCUUCUAAUGUUCUCUGAGUUUUCUCAGUUUCACAUCAGAGGGAUGACUAACGUCUAGUUUCUUGCAAGGAUAUGGAUACGGCAUUUCUACGGAGUAUAACUAGCUGGAUCAUUUCAGCUCUUGUGAUCUUUGCGUCAUUGCUUCAGUCGGGUAAUUACCUAUUAUCAGUUUUUUGUCGAUUUGAGUUGCCACUAAAAUGUACAUAGCUGAAAAUAUCUUAUCAUUAUUGCUAUUAUUAUUUUUAUUUUUACCUGCGGUGGCAAAUCAUGUCUCUAAUGUCGUCUGAUUUUAGAUGCCAUCGUAUGGAUAAAUCGGCCAUCCAAACCGACCAUCAUAGUAGAAGGAGUGAACAGCACUGGAGUAAAACUCGAGUGGAACUUCCUUCUGCAUUCCGGCGACGUUGUUCAAAGCGUGUUUCUACAAAGACAGAGAAGAGGCAAUCCCCCGAUCGUCCUUGCGUCCAGGCACUCUAAUAACGCGUUUACCUUUCUCAAUAGCGUGUUCCUGAAGGAGUACGACGCAAAACUUCCAAAUACGUUGGUAUUAAGAGAUGUGAAUAACAACAAGGAAUACUUUUACUCUAUUAUUGUAAAUUACGUUCGCAACAAUAUUGUUCAAAUCCCUCUUGAAGAUCAAGUCGAGGUGAUUGUUUAUGGUAAGCAAGACCACUCCUUAUUUUGGCAAUUUAUUUAACGCAGGUGAUUUUCAUGGAUUAUUUCAGUUUCUUCCAUUCGAAAACAAGUAGCCUAUAUAUAUUCUUAGUAUAUUGCAAUGCCCAAGAGAUACACAGCAAGAACUGGAUAAAAUUUGAUCCCCGUCAGAUUGUAUUAUAGAGCAUUCGUAUAACGCUUUCAUUUGCCCUUAAACGAUUUAAUGUGCGUUAUAAUUGGCGUUUAUGGAACUUUUUUUAUCUGACAAGAAUCGUAAUUGAAAUGAUACUGUUUCAAAGAUUAUCGCUAAGCUACCGAAUUUAAAGUGAUUAACUUGAAUAACAUGUAUAUUGUUCUCAAUAUAUUGUUCUUUAUUUUGCUUUAAAAUAUUCAAAAGCUCAAUAUUUUGCGCCAGAAUUUACAUUGUAAAUGUCAGUCAUCAGCCUUACAAGUUCUUCAAGGCUCCCUUGAAAUGAGCAUCUACCGUGCUACUACCCCGCCAAAACAAAAAACCCAUUUCGAAAGUCAGGUUUGAGAUUUUUUGAUAAAACGAUUUUAGCAGUUAUGAUCAAUAUCAUAUUUCUUGGACGGGAAGGAACUGGGGUGCCUCUAUUAUUAAAGUUUUUUUGUUGUUUUGUCGAUGAAACAAUGGUGGGUGCGUGUGCAAGAAGACGCGUAACUUUCAUGUACUCUUGUCAAAGGGUUUUCAUAGAUCAGUUUAUUUUCAGAACGAUUUUAAUUUUUAAUUUAGAAUACCUUUUAACUUCCACAAACCAAUCAGCAAAACUGAGAGAUCUGAAAAUAGUAUUUUGGACCCUUUACGUUUGCUUUUAUUCUAUUUGACACAUUAAGCCCCGUGCAGACGGACGCAACAUUUUUGGAUGAUACAUUUUGCGUCCGUUUGCACACCCUUUUAGAUGUUAUUGCAUGUUGUUGCGUGUUGCUGUGAGUUGUAUGCCAAAAGUUUGAGACCGGUCAAACGUUAAGCUAAGUACAAACGGACGCAACAACUCGCGACAUUGUUGGGUCAACAAUUGCCGCAUUCCUGUUUGUAUCGAAAGCAUGUUUUGGCGCUUUAAUUUUUGUCCUAUUCGAUCGUCCCCGGAACUUUGAAUGGCGCGAAUAUUCUCGGGAAAUUUGAUAUGUAAAUGAUAUAAGCAGGAACUCUACCUCCCACGGUUAAUAUCAGCUAAUAACUUAAAUAUUUCGUGUCAUUUCUCGUUUUAUGCACACUGUAUUUCUAAGACAUUCUAUACAGCAUUAAAUAUUUGGCAAUAAUUGGAUGAGACUGAUUAUGAUGUUAAAAAUUAUGCAGAUGGAGGAGCCUAUUGCCGGUGGAUAACAGCCUUCGAGAUCUGCAUAAUUCUUCACAUCAUACGAAAGCCGAAUUUAAUAAUUGGUUCUAACAUUUCAUUUUUCAUUUUUUAGUUCAUUUGUGAAUAAACAGUUAGUAGGCUGCGCCUGGAAAAGAGGUUGAUCUUUUCCAGGAAAAUAUACCAUCGAUUAACCUCGUUUCCAAGCUAAUGUGCCAUCAAAUCGAUUGCAUGUUGCUCUCAUUUUCAAAAUUUGGACGACGCUGGUUGGUUAUGAAGAAUUAUUUGAUGGGAGCUUUGUGCCAAUCAGUGGGUGGGAAUAAUUCCGGUAAAGACAAGAACGCAAAUUCACUUUUUAAGCGACGUUGUCAUCGUCGUCGCGUCGUUAGAGCUUUAAAUCCCUCAAAGAGUUACACAAAAACCGCCAUUUUGAAAAUAAAUGACCGCUAGCCAGUUCUUUGUGGGCGCCAAAACUGUUGGCUGAACGGCAGCGGCGGAAAGCGAAGCUUAUACUGUAAGCCGAUCUUGCGCGUCCUGAUUCCUUUAGGUCUGCGGUAUGUGUCAUGGAAACGUAACCCAAUGUGGCUGUGUGAUCGAAAUAACCACUGUGAAUGGGUUUUAAAACCGUAAUUCCUAUGGACCAGGUGUCUCGUAGCUGUCUUAUUUUCUGUCUAUAAAUCACAGCUUGAUUAAAAGGGACGUGUGUAUUACACACACCCUGUUUUUAUUUCCAGCUCCUCCAAGAAUAACAAAGGCGCCGGUGUUGGAAUCAGAGGUCAGUGUGGGACAGAAACUGACCCUUACAUGCAACGCAUCUGGUGACCCAACACCAAAUAUCAAGUGGGCAAAAGAUGGAGUACCACGAAGCAAGUUUCAUGUCUCUGGUCACAAGCUGAAUCUUGCUAACGUACAGAGGAAAGAUAUUGGAUCAUACAGAUGCACAGCCAGCAAUAGAUAUGGCGUUGCCAGUAGCAUAUCCAUGGUAACCAUCCAUUGUAAGUAAUAACACUACACACAUCUUCCUACCUACAUGUAAGUCGGACUAUAUUAAUUUAAGAAGUGAUAAACGUGCAGCGUACAGCCAUCGCGUUACGGAUGCCCGCCGGUAGUUUGCUAAGAACUAAAGAAGCCUAAGAGUUGCUAGAGGCGUAGCCGAAAGCCACUCUAGCUUCUUGAAAACGAAAGAGAAAAUGCUAUUAAAAGUUUUCAAAAGAAAAAAAAAACGGUUUCUCUGUUUUCUUAAUAACGUCUAACCAAUAGCAAAGCUCAAUGGGUCGUGCGCAGUGUAAUUGGCUCUUGGUCGUGAAUAAAUGCCCAGUGUUGAAAGAUGUCGCAAACUGGGGCUUAGGCUAUGUUCACCCUGUACCGGAUAACAUUUGGCCGGCACGAAAACCAUACCGGAUAGGGCUUCUGUUCACACACAAGAACGGUGAUUUCGGCACGAUUUCUGUAUUGGAGCGAAGCCCCGCCUGGCCGAUCUCUGAAGUGUAGCGACACAUACAGGAUAGCUCAUUUUCUGAUGCCACAUUUUGGUGCAGUGUGAACAGGCAUCUGGAUCGUAGCGGAUUCGGAGCAAGGACUGGAUUCCACUGAGACGGAUGUAAAUAUUCAGGAGUGAGGACAGGGAUUUGGUUCAUCAAACCUUCUCUGCCAACCGCUCCGGCAGGAUGAAUGUUAACGACUUGUUCCAGUCACUGUGACGUUGCUGCUCAUACUAUACCGGAUAGCAUAUUCGGCAUGCUGUGAGCAUGGCAUUAGACAUAGCCUUAGCUGUUUUUCAUGAUUUUCAAAUACUGCAAUACAUUAGGUCCUCCUGGUCAGUGCACAGUCCUUGAAGUUGGAAUUACCAUAACAAACGUACAAUGGAGGCAGGAGUUAGCAAAGCCUCAAACACGUGAAUACACGAUGUUAAAAUCCAAUUUGUCAACAGAUGUAAGUGGGCCUAAUCUUUUAUUUUUUUUUGUCAUUUUUAAGCUCCUCAACAGAAUAACCAUCCAUGUUGAUUUAAUUAUCUACAUCCAUAAAUUCAAUAAGCUUAGUGUUUGAAGCUUGCAUUAUCUGGGAAUAGCAAAGCUUAAUUCAUAUGCGGGAUAAGCCGGGAUAGGGGAGCUUUGGGGAAAAGGUCUAUUGUAACCACACCUAUUAUACUAUCACUACACCAUAGUUUGAAAAACUACCUGUAGGGAGAUCACUUCAGGGAAAUAUCAUUUAAAGGGAAGGAUCGGCUUUGGACUUGUCCUUAUGGCAGACGAACAGUGUAGAUCAUUCAAUUUAAAUUUAUACUCUUUUUAAAGGAAGGCCUGUCAGUCGUAAUGAAGCCUGUAAUAUUUAUUUUGUGCUUUUUGCGCGACUUUUGAGAAAUUUGUUGUUAAAUAUUGCAAGUGCUUUUUAAUUUUUCUAACAUUGAAGCAUAAUUUAUAUGUUGUAGAUCGCAAGCAUUUACACAACACCCAAUAAUGCUGAUUAUCAAUUUUACGGAAUGACUGCUGUAAAAUUCAGGUAAACUUUAAUUGCAAUUCUUUAGAAAAUUCACAUUUCAAAACACAAGGAAUGAAGACCUUCUUUUUACAUCUUACGAUUUUCAUUUUAUCCAUGAUUCUGUUUUCAAUUUGUCACGCCAAUCUGCUUGCAUGGUUAGUUGAAGCAUUGUUUUGAAGGCUCUCUUACAGUGUCCAGAACUAAGUAAUUAUUAAGUAUUCUCGUGACUGUUGAUCACUUUUUUAAGAGAUAGCACUUACUUUAUUCAAAACAACCCCAUUGCAUAAGAUUUUCUCGUUACAUAUUCACGGAAACUUGGCAGGAAACCCAUUGAUCACAAUGGCUUAAAAGCAUUAUUUCCGGAUGAGAGUAUAUAAAGUCCUUCGCGUAGGAAAAUUAUCACUACGUUUGUAAUAAAAGGUUUUAUGUAUUGGAAAAAAAGGAAAAAAGGUAAUGGUACAUAUGUAGUACAUAAAUAAUUCGCUUCUUUGUUAGACCUGGUUUUGUCGCUGUUGUGCAGCUCAAGUUCCACAAAAACGUCGCCAGUCCUUUGAAGCCCUUGCAAGAUGACGUCAGUGAUGGUAAUCUUGGACCGUUUGAAGUUUCAAAGCAGUUAGAUCUCAAUCCAAGUAUGCAAACCUCAGUUUCUCUACUGCUAUUCGAAGUCACGCUUAUAUGCACUAACUGAUACUAUCCAAAUACACAAUUAAAAAAUUUAAGGUCACUAGAAACAGCAACACCAUCAUUUUAAAUUUGUGCUUACGUUCAGCUGUUAAAACAGGGGUGCCUCCUGAAUGUUUUAUAGUUUAGAUGAAUUCAACAUUCAAUGUCAAUGUUUUAUUAUUUCCGCAAACAGAUUUUCAUAAAGAUUCGUGCUUUCAAAGGAGAGCUAGUAGCAAAAAUAUAGAACUGCAGUAGCCCAUCAUGAUCACUUGGAGCCUCCAUCUCCAUUAAUUUCCCUUUCCCGAGCAGACUUAGAAAUAGAACGGCUUGUUUCCCGCGAAAAGUGUUAUAUUUGCGUGAGUCUCGUCUGUCACAGUGAAAAAAUAAAGUUUGAUGGAGUCGAACUCAGAAGCCCGUCCUUCGACUGUUUUCAUUUUUUAAUAUACGUCCAUUUUUACCAUUUUUCAGCCGCUGGGAUGAAAUAAAAGUUAAGGGCUUGUCUGGGAGAUGGAAGCCCUAUUUGAUGCGCUCCUGAGAACGGUCUUUAUAAUCAUUGUAUCCGUUCACGCUUUAAUUUUUUUUUCAGAAUUUCGGAGCACAGCCAGCACUCUUAAAACGACGAAUGAUUUUGAAACAGUUCCCUACAGUCCUAGUAAAACAGACCAGUCUGCCUCAGGUAUGUGACCUCUUGUUGCUUUAUUACUCAACGUUUCCUGUACCAUUGGUCAACCUCCUUAAUCUUGUGUUUUACCCGUCUCCCAGUCACCAAAAUAACGGUAAACUCCCCGCAAUAAUUCCGCUUUCACUUAUUCUGUUUCGUAAAUUUUAGAAACUGCGCUUUACAUUUCAAAAUCUGAUUAUUCAACGAGGAUUUUUUCACUUAUUGGAUAUUCUCAGAAAAAAGAAGACUGGGCGAGCCUCAGGAAAAAAAUAAAUGACAAAAAAACUCGUCUUCUUCUCUUUCAGUUUCGCCGCGUAAAACCUGGGCACCCGAAUCCCCGGCUAAAGGAAGAAGAGUUGCUUCUACUGCUAGCAACACAUUUGCAAGUAUAAAAAGUGGUGUUAUUGCUUUCGUCGCUGGAACAACAACUUUACUUGCUGUUAUUAGAGCGGUUUUCAAGUGA